CCCCCCGCCCUCAUCAGCGGCUCAGUCCGCGUCUCAUCCCGCGCGUCUCCGCUGCUGCUACCGCUGCUACUGCUGCUACCGCCACUGCUACUGCUGCUACCGCCACUGCUACUGCCGCUGUUGUUGUUGUCUCUGUGCUGUCCCCCGUGUCCCCGCCGCGUGUCUCCGUGUCCCGCCUCCGCCUCUCGCUCGCCAUGGCCACGGACGAGUUGGCGGGGAAGCUGCAGCGGCGCCUCGACCGUGAGGAGGAUGGCGGCGGCGGCAAGGAGCAGCAGGAGCAGCAGCAGGAGGGGGGGAAGCCGUGCGAGGCGGCGCGGCCCUCGGCGCGAGCCUUCAACCCCUACUCGGACUUCAAGGAGUUCUCGCGGAAGCAGAUCAAGGACAUGGAGAGCAUGUUCAAGCAGUACGACGCGGGGAAGGAUGGAUUCAUCGACAUGAUGGAGCUGAAGCUCAUGAUGGAGAAACUGGAAGCCCCACAGACCCACCUGAGCCUCAAGAACAUGAUCAAGGAGGUGGACGAGGACUUUGAUGGCAAGCUCAGCUACAGAGAGUUCCUUCUGAUUUUCCGCAAGGCAGCGGCGGGGGAACUCGCGGAUGACAACCCGCUCAUGGCGCUCGCUCGCCUCUCGGAGAUCGACGUCUCCACCGAGGGCGUCAAGGGCGCCAAGACCUUCUUCGAGGCCAAGGUCGAGGCCAUCUCGAAGUCGAACCGCUUUGAGGCGGAGAUCAGGGCGGAGCAGGAGGAGAAGAAGCGCGAGGCCGAGGAGAAGAAGCAGCGGCAAGCGGCGUUCAAGGAGCUGCGCUCGGCAUUCCGGCCAUGAGCGUGCGCUCGGCGCCACCCAUACCCCUAACCCCAAGUACAUCCCUAUCUCUUCCUAAUCUCAUCCUUAACCCCAAACCCAACCCUGUGUCUAACCCCAACCCAAUUCUUAAGUCCAUCUCUCUCCACCCUCCUUGUCCCACGCAUGGCCAUCCUCCGCCUAUGAACACAUCCAUUACCAUUCAUGUGCCCCAUGAGCCCGAAUAUCAAAUCUGGUUGACAGCAGCAGCAGUGUUUUUCAUGAAAGUGCCAUUGGGAAUGGGACUUGGACGCACGGUGGGGAGGGAUGGGACACGUGGCGGUGGCGAGGGGGAUAGGGACUCCACGGCGUGGCAGGGGGCUGGGACGCGUAGGGAGACCGUGUAGCCGAGUGCUCCGGCAUGGGCGGACACUGCGAGCGUCGUGACGUGAGACCGAGGGGCGAGGGAGUCGUCUCUGUUUUGGCCGCACCUCUUUUGGGGGUUUUUUAGACAAGAGCUGGAAGCCCCAGCCGCUGCUGCUGCCACUGACACCUCCCUUGGUUUAUCGCUGUGGCUGCUGUCGAAGCCGCAUGCGUCACACGUCGACUAUGAAUGUUACAACUACGCACUGCAUCGCAAACACCGCACCGCCAUCGCUUGCCACGCAAUGGGCACUGGCCUAAGGGCUCCGUCGGUAUACAGUUGCCACCUGGCUGGGUUUGACCCAAACACAAAUGCCAAUUCCCAGACUGUCCGGGUCAAACCCAGGCAGCACUGUGUUUGGGUGGCAGGAAUUGAUUUGAACUUUAUUGCAGUUACCCGGACAGUGUUGAGAGAUCUAGGCCAACUUGCAAAUAUGUGCAGAUUUGGUCUCCAGUGAAACGGUGGCAAUCCUGUUUCUCUAUAAAUUAUGGACUCAUUCCCAUACUGGUGAAAAUAAAUCCUUGGUCAAUGCAUACAGUGGCAAAUUCCCUACCUUGCAAUUCACAACUCCCCCCCCGACCACCAUCCAUAACUCAAGGCCUCGCCACCUCUACGGGAAUUGGGUCCUGUGUGUGUCUUGCAUUUGUACCCCGGUCUUGAGGUUAGGAGGCAGGGCCGUACCGAUCAGCGAGACAAUCGUGGGCAAAACGCAACGAGCCAAAUUCCUGUGGCACUUGCCAACAAAGAUCUCAACCCUUGUAGGUUGGGCUGCUUGAAUCUGCAUGGCUCUGUUUACGUGAGGUUUGAUGUGCAUGUGGGUUCCACAGGAGAGCACUCGUAUCCACGAUUGCCGGGGAGCGGCGGUGUUCUGGGCGCGCUUUGCCCGGCGGUCGCCCCCCACCCUGCGCUCAGGCUGGGCCCUGCCGCCCACGCCCGCCGCUAAGACGCCGCUCCCGCGUCAGUGCCCACGUUUUGGCCAGUUCAGAACUACCAUACCAAAUGUUACCUAACGUGCCCUGGUCAGAGUGUGUGAACCCACGCUGGGAUUAACAGCAGACCAGAUCCGCGAGCCAGUAUUCAUUCCACUGCGGUGACGUCUGCAUCACGUUUUGCGUGGUCUCGUUAAAAAUCGGUGCCGCGAGGACAACAGCAGCACAGACGCCGGGGUCCACGUCUGCUUUGAGAGGCGACGCUCACAGCCCCCAGCUAGGGGGCAGUGGUGGGGUGAGUGUUGGGUCGCCACUUCAACAGGACCCCAGUCUCACACCCCGCACUGGACUGGGGUCAGGGUGAGGGUCACUGGUUAUAAUCCGGCAUGUGAUGAUUCAUAUUCCCCCACCCCACGAUUCCACAUCACAAUCGGGGGUCAUGGUAAUUUGAUUCGGGAAUCGGAGUCUGUUAAUUUUGUUUCGUCUCGUAUUUACAGUUACGUUUGGAUUGCUUCUCGUUUGUCAUCUCAUUCACUUGAACAGCCCCGUCGGGCUCAACGUAACAUUUCCAAAACGUUUGUACAAAUUAUGAAUAAUCGGUCUGUACAUGUACGGCGCUAUGCAUGUAUCGUAUAAAUCUAUUUUAUCUGAUUGACUAUGGAAUCGUUGCAUGCCUAGUCGGGGUUUAUAUUCUGUGCCGGGUGUAUCCCGGUUGGAGGGGUCCCAGUCUCGAGAAUGUGCAGCCCGUCCGCUCGACCACUGCGAUGCGCGCGGCGCCACGCUGGGUGAGCGGCUCCUCGCGAGCGGGCCGGAUCGAGCGUGCGCAAGGCGAGAUGACCGUGCGCUGUAAAGGGUCAUCGGUGCCCCCACUUGGUGUGCGUGUAACGUGGGUGGCUGCGAUGGUUGUGGUCUUGGUGAUCGUUAAAGAAAAUAUUCGAAUAUAAUUUUUUGUAUGUAAAAAUAAUAAUAAAUGUUUAUCAAUAUUGCUCUAUGGGUACCGGAAA